AUGUUUGGCCUACGAAUACUCAUUGCCAUUUGGCACAUGCUCCUAGAUGUGCUACGAUUUUGGUGGCGGGUGAGUCUUUGUCCUGAUGUGGCUGGCGAGAGAGCUGUGCUCUUGUGGAAAGGGCGGCCUAUUGCUCUCGCUUGGCAAUCUCCGGUCGAUCUAUGGCUUCACCUCCUCCACGGCGCCGAGACCUACGAAGACUGGGAGGAGGCAGCCCUGCAUCUCGACAACUUGCUCGGGUUGGACCUCUGGCGCAAUAACCCUGUUUCGCAAUUCUACGACUAUCGCCUCAUAAAUCAACGCCUUAACACCCUCGCGACGGCGAGAGAAGAAAACGACCUCUAUCAAAUUAUCAACCUUUUGCGAAGUGGGUUAGUACGGGACCUUGGCAGUAUCACAGCUCCGAGGCUGUACAACAAGGCGUUUGCCGGCACCAAGUACCUCAUUGAGGAAUACAUUUCCCAGAUAGCGGAAUGCAUCGAGGAGAUCACGGCUCUGCCAACCGUGACACCUUACGGCGGCGGCGGCGGCGGCUAUGUAAAAGGAGUUCCCCAGCUGACCACGCAGAUGAAGUUGGACUUUAUUCAUGAUACAAGGCAGGCGUUUGGUCGGAGCACGCUUCUUAUACGGACCGCGGCGGUGGCAUCAAACGCUAGCUCGACCUCCCUUUAUGGCCACCAGCGAACAACGCUCCUGUGCAAGGAUGCGCAGGGCGAGAUUGUCGACUGGGCACCGCCGGGAAACACAAUUGACUUUCGUCACUGGAGCCAGGUCUCAUACGCUGACCGCGAGUCCCCUCUAUUACGAGUAGCAGAGCUUUUGAACGUGACGCACUUCAUCGUGUCACAGGCACGGCCCUACCUAAUCCCAUUCUUACAGAGCGAUAUGCACGGCCCAUCGCUCACCGAGACGCGCAGCCGCACGACGCAAAUGACGAGCUUCCUCGUGCGCAUGGUUGGGUUGGAGGUCCGCCACCGGCUGCGGCAGCUCGACACUCUAAACCUUUACCGGGAAGCAUCCGGAGUGGACCUGGCUGACUUUAGCAGGCUUCUCGAGCAGCCGACGACGGAAACAUUGGAUUACUGGAUCUUGAAGGGCGAGAGGAGCGUGUAUCAAGCGGUCGCCGCGCUUCGGGUCCGAUGUACAGUUGAGAAUGAGUUGGAAAGAUCCUACCAGGUGGUAAGGCGUCUCAAAGCCUUUGGGCUCCGACGCAAAACGAGCACGAUUGCGGCGUCCUCGCUCGCUUCUUGA